AUGCCGACCACCGCGCAUCACGGCAAGAAGGCUAGCGUGGAGGAGGUGUUUGAGCACCGGUGGCGCAAGGCGUAUGAAGUGCGGGCGAUGGAGCGGGAGAGCCGGCAGGCCAAGAGCCAGGCCAGCAGCCGCUGCAGCAGCGCAGACUCGCAGCGCGUGGCAAAAACCGCCCUCUGCACAGCUGGCAAGCCCUCCGCAGCUGCGGCCGAUGCAGCUGCCAUCCAAGUUCAGUCGGCGCCGGGGCGGGCGGCGGAGGAGGCAGUUGGCAAGCUUUCUCUGGGCAGCACGGAGCAGCCCACUGGAAAUGGGAUAGCCACAGCAGCAGCAGCAGCAUCUUCAGCGGGUGAAGAGAAGGCGCUGCGUCAGCAGGAAGUGGUCGAUGAUGACGAUGAGCCUGCACCUGCCAGCCCAGCAGGAGGGGCGGGCGCAGCCUUGCAGCGAAGCCACUGGCAGGCGGCCGGCCGACAGCAGCAGCCGGGCGGUCAAGGCGAGGAUGAUGAUGAUGAGGGGCUAGCCUGCAAGGUGGUGUGGGACAGCAGCCCCGCGCAGGCUGGUGCGGCGGCGCGGGUGCCGGCAGCCGACACCGACAUGGCUGCCUUUGGCGGUGCCGGCGCCUCCAUCCUGCAGCUGAAGGAGCAGGGCAACAUCUGUCUCAAGGCAGGCGACUUUGAGGGGGCUGUCAGGUGCUACAGCGAGGCCCUGAGUGCCUGCAAGCAGUCUCGGCGCGCUGCACAGCAGGCGGCGCCUCUGCAGGCGGCGCCUCAGCCUGCGCAGCAGGACCAGCAGGGCGACCCUCCUUCGCACCAGCAGCACCCGGCUGCAGAGGGCCAGCGGGAGGCGACCGGGCACCAGCUGCUGGCCACCCUGCACAGCAACCGCGCACACGCACUGCUGCGCCUGAAGCGAAACGAGGAGGCAAGAGGGGCAGGCAGGGCGCGGCUGGCACAGGCCAAGCUGGCGCAGCGCCAGUGGGCGGCGGCGGUGGCGGCCUGCCGGCAGGGCCAUGCACUGGCUCCCAAAAACUCGGAAGGCCACACCGAGUUCACUCCGCUGCUGGACCGGACGGCGGUGGCGGCGGCGCGGGUGGGCAGCCUGGCUGGCUACGAUGGGCUGCAGCUGGAGGUGCGCAGCGCGGGCAAGGACGCAUGGAUGGGGCGCGCUGCACCGCACGUGCCUGAGCUGGACGGUCCGGAAGACGAGGACACGAUUGGGGUGGUGACGCACCUGCCGCUGCCCAGCAGCAGCGGCGGCGGUGGCGGCGGCGGCGGCGGCGGCAACGGCGGUGGGGCGCUGGUGGCGGCCGGGGCCGCGAAUGGUGAUGGCCGGGCCGGCAGCGGGGCCUCUGCCGGGGAUACGCUGGUGGCGUGGGAUUACCACCAGGCGGGCGAGGCGGGCAAGCGGCGGCGCACCAGCUUCCGCAGCGUGCGGGAGGCUGUGGAGGCGGCGCGCGACGGCGACCGCAUCCUGCUGCGCUGCGGCACGCACAACGGCAUGGGCGAGUGCGUGACCGUGGCCAAGCGGCUGCUGAUUGAAGGGGAAGGGGUGCUGGGGGACGCAGUGCUGGACCAGCGGGCAAACGUGCCCGCCUUCCGAAUCGUCAGGGGCGGCGUGGUGCUGCGCAACCUGGACAUUGACUUUACCGGCCUCCGGGAGGCGCUGCUGGUGGAGGGGCCGCCCGGCGCGCACCCCAGCCCGCUGGUCGCCGGCUGCCGCAUCAAGUGCAGCGGCGACGACGCCGUCAACGUUGGCGGCGCGGCCGCCCCCACCUUCCUGCGCUGCGAGCUGUCUGGCAAGAAGUGCGGGGUGAAGGCGCUCGGCAGCAGCGCGCCGCGCCUGGAGCGCUGCACCAUCACCAAGUGCGGGGAGCAGGGCGUGAGGGCCAUGGAGGCGGCGGCGCCGGUACUGCAGGGCUGCAUCAUCAGCGAGUGUGCCGAGGAGGGUGCUUUGGCAAUGGACGCGGCCCGCCUGUCCCUCACAGCAUGCACGCUGCGCGACUGCAAGGGCCCCGGCGUGGACGUGAGCGGCGGCGCAAGUGCCGCCGUUACGGGAGGCACCAUCGAGCAGUGUGUGGGCGGGGUGUGGCUGUGGGAUGCUGGCCGGGCGACGCUGCAGGCGGCCUCCGUGGCGGGCGGGCCCUCCCACGCCAUCCUGGCCGACGGCACCGCCAGCCUGGAAGUGCGGGAGAGCACUGUGCGGGGCACAGUGCACGCCAGCGACGCCGCCUGGGCCGGCAUCUUGCACCCCUCCAACCGCCUGCUGGACCCGGAGCAGCCCACCGACUUCCCGCCUGAGGAGGGGCCCUUCCGCUUCGUGCCCAACCCCUACACCCGCAAGCAGUGA